AAAACAGUGUUCUAAGUCUUUAAUAAAAACCCUUUAGAUACAAACAAAACAACAGCUAUCACACACCAAGAAAAAAAAAAUGAAAGACACAAAGUAGAAAAACAAGAAAUUAAGAAAUGGACAUCACCGCCACAUCAAAACUCUUAUUACACCUCCCACUGCUUCUUCUUCUUUCACUCCAAAACCCAUUCACACCUCGCCUCCAUUAAACCCACCACCAACACCACAGUUGUUCUCCAAUUCAGAAAACAACACAUUUUAAUGCCUUUAUUUUUAUGUUAAUAAUUAUUUUCUAUCUAUUCGAGUAUAGUAUACGGUAUACAAGCCAAAAAUGGGUUGCACGGCGUCGAAACUCGACAACGAGGAAACCGUGAGGCGCUGCAAGGAACGGCGUCGUUUCAUGAAAGAUGCCGUUUACGCGCGCCACCACCUUGCGGCGGCGCACUCUGACUACUGCCGCUGCCUCCGCCUCACCGGCUCCGCUCUCUACACCUUCGCCGCCGGCGAACCCCUCGCCGUCUCCGACGACACUCCCGCCGUCAUCCUCAAAACCACUACCACCGCCGCCGCCGAUAAUCCCCAAACGCAUCCUCCUCCUCCUUCCGCCGCCGCAACAAGCCCCAAACUCCCUCGCAUAAUAACCUCCGACGUCACGCGCCGCCGAAAACCGCCAUCGAAGCUUCCUCAUAUACUCUCUGAAUCGAGCCUCUGUUCCACGCCUGGAAGCGAGUAUUCAAACUUCUUCGCCACCGCACCUACUUCGAAACCACCACAUCCUCCUCCUCCUUCCGCCGCCGCGCGUCGCCGCAAGCCUACGCCGAAACUCCCUCACAUCCUCUCCGAAUCGAGCCUCUGUUCCUCGCCGCGAAGCGAGUAUUCGAAUUUCUUCCCCAGGGCGCAACAAGUUCAAUCCACCACGCCUACUUCGCAAGCCUCUUCGGUUUGGAAUUGGGAGAAUUUCUAUCCUCCCCCGUCUCCUCCAGGCUCCGAUUACUUCCGCCAAAAAAAUCACAAAUCGGAAACGCCGAAUCUCGAAACGUCGGAAUCGGAAUCUGAAUCGACCUAUAAUCCGUUCGGUUCAAAAGUUCAACGUAUACGCAAAAUCGAAAACAUUACUAACGUUGAUUCAAUUUCACAGCAACAAAACGCGGAACGUGAAGUUUUGGAAUCGGAAUCGGAAUACGGAUACUUACGUGAACCGGUUCAGACGGAGCGUGAGGAGGUUCUAUGCAGCGAGUGGGAGGACCGUUACAGUUCCUCGAGUUCGUCGUCGGAGGAGGAGGAAGGGAUCGCCAAAAAUAGAUCGCCGGCGAAGGCGGAAUCUGACGCCGGCGGCGAUGCUCCGGAGAAGAAGGAUGAGAAGGUUGAUGAUGACGUGGCGGAGGCGGCUAAGGUUGCCGUGAGGCAUAGGGAUUUGAAGGAGAUAGUGGAAGCGGUUAGGGAGAAUUUUGAGAAGGCUGCGAUGGCCGGAGAUCAGUUAUCGGAGAUGCUCGAAGUUAGCAAAGCGCACCUUGAUCGGAGUUUCAAGCAAUUGAGGAAAACACUUUACCAUUCAAAUAGUAUACUGAGCAACCUGAGUUCGAGUUGGACCUCUAAACCGCCGUUGGUGGUUAAGUACCGGUUCGACGCCGGUUCGUUGGACGGACCGGGAGGUUCGAAGAGUCUGUGUGCUACUUUGGAACGGCUUUUAGCUUGGGAGAAGAAGCUGUAUCAGGAAGUGAAGGCUAGAGAAGGUGUGAAGAUUGAGCAUGAAAAUAAAUUAUCAGCACUGCAAAGUCAAGAAUGCAAAGGGGGUGAUGAAGCAAAGCUAGAUAAGACCAAGGCCUCCAUAACAAGGUUGCAGUCAUUAAUUGUUGUCACAUCUCAAGCCGUGUCUACCACCUCAGCUGCCAUUAAUGGCCUUAGGGACUCUGAUCUUGUUCCUCAGCUUGUUGAGCUCUGUCAUGGAAUCUUAUACAUGUGGAAGUCAAUGCAUCAGUACCAUGAAAUUCAAAGCAACAUUGUGCAGCAAGUCCGUGGCCUUGUGAACCAAUCAUCCAAAGGUCACUCAACAUCUGAAUCACACAAGCAGGCAACUCGUGAUCUUGAAUCAGCUGUGUCAGCUUGGCACUCCAGUUUCUGCCGCCUCAUAAAGUUUCAACGUGACUUCAUCCUGUCUCUACAUGGCUGGCUCAAGUUGAACCUUAUUCCAGUCAACAAUGACAACAACAGCAGCAGUGAACCAUCUGGUGUGUUUUCUUUCUGUGAUGAAUGGAAACUAGCCCUUGACCGUGUUCCGGACACAGUUGCUUCCGAAGCAAUCAAAAGCUUCAUCAAUGUUGUCCAUGUGAUAUCUGUCAAGCAAUCUGAAGAGCUCAAGAUUAAGAGGAGAACUGAGAAUUCUUCCAAGGAACUUGAGAAAAAAUCUUCAUCUCUGAGAAGCAUAGAAAGGAAGUUUUACAGCUCCUAUUCUAUGGUAGGUAUUACCCCUCCUGAGUCAGGGCCUGGUAAUGGACAAGGCUUGGAUGCAAGAGACCCUCUUGCUGAAAAAAAAAUGGAACUAGCAGCGCACCAAAGGCGCGUCGAAGAUGAAAUGGUGAGGCAUUCAAAGGCUGUUGAGGUGACUAGAGCCAUGACACUCAACAAUCUACAGACAGGCUUGCCUGGAGUGUUUCAGGCAUUGACCAGUUUUUCUACUUUGUUCACUGAGGCUCUUGAGUCAGUAUGUAGCCGUUCAUAUGCCAUCAAGUAACUAAAGGGGUUUAGCUCAGGGGACUAGCUCAGUUAGUUGAGUAUGAUGCGUGAGUUGUUUAAAUCCCCUGGUAUCUGUCUUCGAUUCCUACCGGCAAAUUAAAAAAAAUGUCAUCAAGUAGGUCAUUCAUUUGUUAUGCUUGGGAAUUGAAGUAUAGCAUAAGAGUUGGCUCUUUUUUUGGUGCUGGCUCUUGCUGCUCACAUUAAUUAACUGUUUGGUUUACUUUGAAAUGUAAAUAUGAAGAAUUUUGUGGUUUUAUCAAUCUUUUUAUUAUUAUUAUGGAAAAGGGGAUUGUCUCUUUUUUGCACAAGCAAAUUUUUUUGUUUGUAUCAGAGGAUGGAAAUUUUCGGUAUGAAUAAAUUUGCUCAUUUUGCUUUUUGGUCCA